AUGUUUAUGAGGUUAAGCUCAAACACAGCUUUGAGAAGCUUUGGAGCUUCUGUAGCCAGACCUACAGUCAGAAGUUUUAGUACGUCUACAGGCACUGCUAAUAAAAUAUUCAGCAAUUCAGUAAAUAAAUAUCAUAUUUUUCACAAAUAUCAGCAAUUAAACCAGAAAAGGCUUGCGGCAUCAUAUAAGGGAGGGGAUCUCCUCAAGAAAUUUACCGAUAACCACGCACAUCAGCUGGUGGAUGUCUCCAAAGUGUUAGUGAUUGGAUCCGGAGGUCUUUCCAUUGGCCAGGCAGGUGAAUUCGAUUAUUCGGGAUCCCAAGCCAUAAAAGCUUUGAAAGAAGCACAUAAGAAGUCAAUUCUUGUGAAUCCAAACAUUGCAACAAACCAAACAUCUCAUGCAUUGGCAGAUGAAGUGUAUUUCCUUCCGGUCACACCAGAAUACGUCGAGUAUAUCAUAGCUAGAGAAAGACCGGAUGGAAUAUUACUCACGUUUGGAGGUCAGACAGGCUUGAAUGUUGGUAUCCAACUAGAUAAAAAGGGUGUUUUCAAAAAGUAUGGUGUCAAAGUUCUUGGAACACCUAUUAAGACCUUAAUUACUUCUGAAGAUAGGGAACUUUUUGCUGAGGCAUUGAAAGAAAUAAAUAUUCCAAUUGCCGAAUCUGUGGCUGUUGAAACUGUUGAUGAUGCAUUGAAAGCUGCAGCAAAAAUUGGAUAUCCAGUUAUUUCUAGGUCAGCAUACUCUUUAGGAGGUCUUGGUUCUGGAUUUGCGAAUAAUGAAGAAGAAAUGAGGAAUCUGGCUUCUAAGUCACUUUCGCUCUCUCCACAGAUUUUGAUUGAGAAAUCUAUGAAAGGAUGGAAAGAAGUCGAGUAUGAGGUUGUCAGAGACAGAGUGGACAACUGCAUUACUGUUUGCAACAUGGAAAAUUUUGAUCCGUUGGGAAUCCACACAGGUGAGUCUAUCGUUGUGGCCCCAUCUCAAACUCUUUCCGAUGAGGAAUAUCACAUGUUAAGAUCAGCUGCAAUAAAGAUUAUUCGCCAUUUAGGUGUUGUGGGAGAAUGUAAUGUUCAAUAUACCCUUAAUCCAAACAGUCUUGAAUAUAAGGUGAUUGAAGUGAAUGCCAGGUUAUCCAGAUCCUCGGCAUUGGCUUCCAAGGCUACUGGUUAUCCAUUGGCAUACACUGCUGCAAAGAUUGGUCUUGGCUAUACGUUACCAGAACUUUCGAACCCAGUUACAAAGACCACUACAGCCAACUUUGAGCCUUCAUUGGACUAUAUUGUGACGAAGAUUCCAAGAUGGGACCUAAACAAAUUCCAGCAGGUGAAGAGAAAUAUUGGAUCUUCCAUGAAAUCUGUUGGUGAAGUUAUGGCAAUUGGACGGACUUUCGAAGAAUCUCUUCAGAAAGCAAUCAGAGAGGUUGAUCCUCAGUAUGUCGGAUUCCAAGGUGGUGAGUUUGAUGAUUUGGAUGAUGCCCUUUCCAAUCCAACAGACAGAAGAUGGCUUGCGGUCGGAGAAGCUAUCUUGAACAGAAACUAUUCUGUUGAUAAGGUCCAUGAAUUAACCAAGAUUGAUAAAUGGUUCUUGUACAAGCUUAAGCAUAUUGCGGAUACACAACAUGAGAUGGAAGCAAUUGGAUCAUUAGAAAAACUUGACGAGUCUUUGCUUAGUAAGGCUAAGAAGCAAGGGUUCUCAGAUGCUCAGAUUGCAACUGCCGUCAAGUCCACAGAUUUGGAAGUUCGUGCGAAGAGAAAGGCAUUUGGAAUUAUCCCCGUGGUGAAAAGAAUCGAUACAUUGGCAGCAGAGUUCCCAGCAAACACCAACUAUCUUUAUAUGACAUACAAUGCAACUGAGAAUGAUAUUGCCUUUGACGAGCACGGAACCAUGGUGCUUGGAUCUGGUGACUACCGUAUUGGAUCAUCCGUCGAAUUUGAUUGGUGCGCUGUUUCAACUGCCAGAGCUUUGAGGGAGGCAGGAAAGAAAACUAUUAUGGUGAACUACAACCCAGAAACAGUCUCGACUGACUUUGAUGAAGUUGAUAGGUUGUAUUUUGAGGAACUUUCAUACGAACGGGUCAUGGAUAUUUAUGAGCUUGAAGCCGCCGAGGGAAUCGUGGUUUCAGUUGGUGGCCAACUUCCUCAAAAUAUAGCAUUAAAACUUCAACAACAACAUGCAAACGUUCUUGGAACAAGUCCUGUGGAUAUUGACAAAGCAGAGGAUAGGCAGAAGUUUUCUAGCAUGUGUUCGGAACUCGGAAUUGAUCAACCUGCUUGGAAGGAGCUUACGUCUGUUGAAGAUGCACAGAAAUUUGCUGAAGAAGUUCAGUAUCCAGUUAUUGUUAGGCCAUCGUAUGUUCUCUCUGGUGCCGCAAUGGCAACCAUAUAUUCUGCAGAGGAGUUGGCUUCCAAGUUAAAAAAUGCUUCGAAGGUUUCCAAGGAUCACCCUGUGGUUAUUUCUAAGUUCAUACAAGGAGCAAAGGAGAUCGAUGUGGAUGCAGUUGCAGCUAAUGGUAAGGUUAUCGUGCAUGCAAUUUCCGAGCACGUGGAAAAUGCUGGAAUUCAUUCUGGUGAUGCAACGUUGGUUCUCCCACCACAAAAUUUGGACAGCUCGAUUCUUAGAAGAUUGAAGGAGAUUUCUGACAAGGUUGCUGCUGCUUGGAAGAUCACUGGUCCUUUCAAUAUGCAAGUGAUCAAGGCAGAGAAUCCAAAGACCGGCAUACCUGAUUUAAAGGUGAUUGAAUGUAAUAUUCGUGCCUCCAGAUCAUUCCCAUUUGUCUCAAAAGUCCUUGGAUGCAAUUUUAUUGAGGCCGCAACAAAGGCAUUGAUCGGAAAGGCACCUAAGCCAAGAAAUCUAAUGGCUGAGAAACAUGAUUACGUUGCUACAAAAGUUCCACAGUUCUCAUGGACCAGACUUGCUGGUGCAGAUCCAUUCCUUGGAUGUGAGAUGUCUUCGACCGGAGAGAUUGCUUGUUUUGGCAAGACUUUAACAGAAGCAUACUGGACAUCCAUACAGGCAACAAUGAAAUUUAGAGUUCCUGUUCCUUCUGAAGGAAUUCUCUUUGGAGGAAAUACAGACGCAGAAUAUCUGGGAAUAGUGGCAAAGACCAUUGAGCCAUUGGGUUAUAAAUUCUACGCUUCAUCUCAAAGGGUUGCUGACUACUUGAAGCAGCACACAAGUCAAAAUGUUACUGUGAUUCACUUCCCAGUAGACAACAAAAGGGCAAUCAGAGAGAUGCUUACAAAGUACAAUAUUCAAUGUGUGUUCAACCUUGCCAAGAGCAGGGCCAAGAGUAACACCGAUCCAGAUUAUAUCAUGAGGAGAAAUGCCAUUGACUUUGGUAGAACUUUGUUCUCGGAACCAAAGACUGCCAUGCUAUUUGCCCAAUGCUUAGCAGAGAAACUGCCUGAAAGACUCUCCAAUCUGAAGAAGAAGGAACUUAUCAUCCCACCAGAGGUCAGAAGAUGGAGUGAAUAUCUUGGCGGAAAGCCGGUUUAA